AAGAGUAGCAGAGAUGUCAGCAGCUACGGAAUUUUCGUAUUUUUUAAAGGCAGAAAAACCAAUUAAAUCGUUUGAGUUCUUUGUGAAAAAUAAUCACUAGAUUAACUUUAAACAUUAAAUAAAAGAAUUAAAGACUUUUUGUGAAAAUAGCUCAUCAAUUGCACAGUGAAAAUUGUUUGUGAAAAUCGUGCUUUGGUAGGUGUUUGGAUGUUUGAUGAGCUGUUCGUGCAUUUACGAUAGCAAGUAAAACGAAGAGAAAGGAUAACAUUUUGCAGUAUUGCAGUGAAGAUCAGUGAGAAUAAACCAAGUAACAGCAGUGUGUCGGAAGUCAAAAAUUGCAAGAACACAAUGGAUUUAGGAGAAUCUAAUCAAGCAGCUGAUGGACCACCACAAACAAUAACCGCAGGACCAGUUACAAGUUCAAACGCAGAAACAAUCGGGAUAGCAUCAAGCUCUGUAAAUUUUGGGGAGUCCACAGUGGGUAUAACUGCACCAUUAAAUAAUAAAACCUUAAAACGCUGUUUGAGUGUGCCAAUAUUACGCGCUGGUCCUUCAUCCACUUCUAUGACAACUCGAUCUGCAGCCGCAGCUUUGGCGAUGCGCAACGGGGGACACGCAGCUAACCCCAAAGAGACGCUAGCUACACCAAAGAAGAGUCAAACAUUUACUAUGCGUGAUACUAUUGGAGAUGUUUCUUCUGGUAACAAUUUCAGUCAUAAUAUGCACAUUGGAAUACCACGUUCAAAUCCUUCCUCAAGAGAAGUAUCACCAGCUCCAAUGUUUAAUAUAUUUGCACCAAGAGCUCGUCGUUAUUCGGCUAGUUAUACACCGCAUGGAGCAGCUGGUGCUGCAGGCAGUGCUGCUGCGGCAAGUGGUUUACCACUGUGUCUCACGCCACGAGUUUCUCAAUUGCGCCAAGAGGAGUGCGUGGACAUGGUAAACAGUCGUGAAGCAAAUCAUGAACGUGAAAUACACAGUGCCAUGCAGAUGUCACAAAGUUGGGAGGAUUUGACUUUAGUUGCUGAAAAUUGGUCCUGUAAAUCAGAGGAGCUAAGCAAUCCCUUGCAGGUCAUGUUGCCCUCUGCGACAGCAAGUUGUUCAAGUCCAAGCCCAACAAGUAAUCGCGCCGGAAUGAAGCUUCCUUAUGGCUUGUCUCCAUCGCCAACAAGACGUACUUUCGCUACGCGUCGCUCAAUGUCACCAAUUGCUAUGCGGCCCUCGCAGUUAGGCCCUGUUAAACGUAAAUUUGAGCUGGAUGACAGUGGCCCUGGCAGUAAUUGGAAUGUAUACUCCCAACCACCAUUAAAGAAAAUAUUUACCGAGAGUCGGGGAACUUCGCCUGUUUGUCAGUCACCAUCUUCAAUAUGCCCCAGUCCAGAUUCUGGCACAUAUGAUGGUCGAAUAACACCAAAGCUAUUCAUUUCAAAGUUGUGCACCAACAAUACAAAUAAUAAUUCAGCAUGUUCAUCGCCGAGUAGCAGCGUAAGUGGUGGAAUCAUCGACUCAACUACUACCUUAGGUAUAUGUUCAUCCGCCUCUUCAACGACUUCUUCCGUUUCUGGUGGCAGUGAGCCUAUGUGCAUUGGAGGUGGUAGUAUUGACGAAGGCAUUUCCAUUGCGGAUAAUGAUGACAAACUUACAAAUAACACUGUUUCGACAACUAGUAAUGCAUCCGUAGGCAGUGGUGAUGCAAGCGGAGGUAAUGGAUUGCAACCAAUGAGCACAGAUAUACAAGAUGAUGCUACAUUAUUAGAUGACAUGAAGAGUGAAACAUCCUCGAUUGGUGGAUGUUCAAGUAUCAGUAUCGAAUCGUCUUCCUGCGAUAGCGCCUCUAAAGCCGCUGCUAGUUUUCUUAAUAGACUGAACGUUGACGAUAUUAGUACAAGUCCACUUGCAGUACAGAAGAGCUUCUACAUAAACAAACAGGGUUUAACAGGACACAAAAAGUUUAUCGUAAGCAGUGGGGUUGGUGAGCAAAAUGAUAGUAUUAACGUAAACAACACCAGCGCAAGCUCCCCUGCUCUGAUUGUAAACACGGCUGAUGUUGCCUCCGCUUCAUGCACAAGCGGAUCAUAAAUAAAACGGUUGAUAUUUGAUUUUCGUAAUAAAUUAAGUUAUCUAAUAAUUAAUCAAGAAUUAAUUUCUGCAUAUGCUGAAUAUGUUGAUUUGCCCCUGAUAUUAAGCAAAAAUUAUGCUGGGCUACGUACCUACUACUUAUAAUAAUUAGAAUUACAUACCUGGAAAUUUCUUAUUCGUUUAAGUUUACAAACAUAUUCUAUUUUUCGCCAUCACUUAUUGUUAUCAACUCAUUUUUGUAGAGUUUAGUUGUCACCACAUAUUGAUGUUAUAAUUAUUUGCUAUAAUAUUUGUUUGUCAUGCCAAUUAUGGGCAGUGCGAAUAUUUUGGCUGCCCUUAAUUCGAAUUUCAUAUACAAAUUAGUACGAUAUUUUAAGUCAGUCCGGCAGGUUCUGCAAUUCACUUCCGACUGAAUUUGAGUCAAGUUCGCUUUGAAUUCAAAUUGGCAAGGGUUGAACUUCACUCGGAAGUGAAUUGCAGAACCUGCCCGAGUAUGUUUAUAUGUAUUUAUUUGUAUUAGAAUAAUUUACGUAAAGUGAAUUUUGCUUACAAGUUAAAAAGAAAAAAAUUUGUUCUCUUUUUUGGUAAAUAUACUUUUAGAAAAUAUUUAUUAGUUUACCUAAAUUGGUAACGGACGCCGUAAAGACUAGAUCGAAUUAUAAAUUAUAAUUUGGCAAACAGUGUAAGCAUAUUGUCAAGUGGCAUUUGCUGGUUUAAAAUAAAAUUAUUUCGUUUCAUUUAAGCUAUUUAAUUAAUAAAAAUUGUGUCGUUUUUAAAAGCCUAUAUACAUAAAAUAAUCAAAUAAUACUUUGGCGAACGGUCGAUUAGAUAUUAGUAUGGUAAAGAAAAAGGCAUGUUUCCACAUGUAUAAGCAUUAAUAAUGUAAUUAAAAUUUGCCAAACAUACAGAUGUAUGUAAUUCUGUUCGAAAACUUUAAACUUCGAUUUAUACUUACAUGCAUUAUUAAAUAAAAUAACUUUAGAAAUAGUUGGAAUAAAUCUUGUCCAUUGUUGGAGAGAUUCUAACAUCUGAAAAGAGCUUUCAAGAGAGCACGUUUAAAAUAUCAGUUUAGUUGCAACAUGUAUGUAUGUAACUUUUUGAACCAAUA